CUCCAUAUCUCUGCACACAAAUCCAAAAGCAAAAAAAAUGUCUGCAAGUCCCAGACCUGGUACACCAGUGGCACAAUCUAAUGAGCUUUCAAACCGCCUGCUCCCAGAUUCUAACAGAGGCUGUGCCUCCCCUGUCACUAACGAGUUGCUCAUAGCAGCUAGGAAAGGCUACAGCAAAGAGCUUGAGAGAAUAUUGGGGGAGAAAGGAUCUGCUGUAGCUACCAGUACACUUGAUAGGCAUGGACGAAACUGCUUACACUUAGCCAGCCACUAUGGGCAACUUCAAUGUGUCUCUGUCAUCCUGCGAAUGGAAGUACUGGAUAUUAAUUGCACCUCAAAACGAGGAUUCACACCACUCCAUGAAGCAAGUGCUGAAGGUCAUCUCUCAAUAGUAUUGUAUCUACUGGCAAUGGGAGCUUACGAUAAAGCAAGGAGCAAGGAAGGCUGGACAGCAUUGAUGUCCACUUGUUACAAUGGACAUUAUGAAAUUGCAAGAGCACUGAUUGCUAUUGGUUUAGACAUUAAUGCAACCAACACAUAUGGUUUUACUGCUUUGCAUGUAGCAGCGUGGAAAGGGAACACUUCUGUGUUAGAGCUACUGAUUAAAGAAGGAGCUGUCAUUAACAUGGAAACAACUAAUGGUAAAACUGCACUGGACAUUGCAAAAGAGGAAAGACAACAUGAAGCUGUAACAAUCCUUCAAGCAGCUGGAGUUAGAGAAUCAGAGAAACCAUUUCUACGCAUAGCAGCAUUAGAAAACCAGCUUAGAGUGCUGCAAGACAAACUGAAGCAGAUUCACGAGCAGCACAACAAAGCAUUAGCUGAAGAGAGAAAGAGAGCAACCAAAGAAGCUGAUACCAAAAAUGAGCAAUUCAUUAAAGAGCAAGAAAAAGAGAUAGACCAAUUAAAGAAAGCAAUCAAAACACUUGAACAAAACUCUACCACUCCAUAUAUGAAUGGUCUGCACCAUGAAGAUGAUCUCAUAGACGCUGCUCCAGAAAUAAAAAUUACAGAUAUUUCGCCUCCAAAAGCAAAAAUGAUGCCAAAAAAGAAAAAGGAUCAGUUGAUGAUACCAGCAAAUGACAGCAUCAAAAUGCACAGAGGAUCAAUCGGUAGCCUUGAUGCAAAAGGAUCCCCACUGCUUAAGUCACUUCGUCACAAAACAAGUUCAGAGGAGGCGCUCGAUAAACUUGGAAUAGAUCUGACCACAAGCUCUGAGAAUGACAUAUUAACAAGACGUUCCUUUGAUAGUGCAACACAAGAAGGAAAAGGGGAAGGAGGACGAGGGCUGACCAUUACACAGCUUGUUGAAGAUAAUUUUCAGAAGCCUGGAUCAAUGGCUGCCAUAAGGAUGCAAAUAAAAGCUGAUGGGCUGACACCAAAGAUUAAUAGAAAGUUUAAAAGAACAUUACCUUCUAUGCCUGAAGAAAUGUCAAUGGUUGAAAAUAAAGACCAAUGAACUUUCUAUCUUAAUAGUUUUGUCCACAUUUAAGCAUGCUUAUUCUUUCCUAUUUUAACGUUUUACAAAAAAGUAACAUUAAUAAAUAAUAA